AUGGGGAUAAGGCAUAUUUUGUUGCUGCUCAUAUACCUGGACCCUCUGUGCGCGCUGGGCGCAGCUACAGGCGGGAAGAAAACCAAGCAGGCGCCCCCCCGAAAGCCUCCCAAAGCCACCGUGGUGCCCUCGGCUGUCCCGCUGAACACCCUGCCGCCGGCGCCCGCCAGCAACCACGACACAUGCCUGGGCUACUACGACGUGAGCGGGCAGUAUGACAAAAUGUUCGAGUGCAACAACACGAACCACCGGUACUGCUGCGGGACGUGCUACCUGCGCUUCUGCUGCGAGUACAUGAAGGACCGGCUGGACCAGAAAGCCUGCAAGAACUACCAAAAACCGAGGUGGGUGCAGACGGUGGUCCCGUCCCCCAUACCGACCGGAGAAACGUACGAUCCGAGCAUGGAUCAGACCAACACGGCGGUGUACAUCACCUGUGGGGUCAUAGCCUUCAUCAUAGUGCUGGGGUUGUCAGUCAAAGUGGCGUACGACAAAGCCACAGAGCCCCCUCAGGAGAUGAAUAUUCACAGGGCCCUUGCAGACAUCCUGCGGCAGCAGGGGCCCAUCCCCAUAUCGCAGUAUGACUGUGAGAACUUUGCAGCAAUGAACGGCUCACCCAAAGACAACACGCCAGUCAGAACCUCAUCCAAGAGCCACUACACACCUGUCCACAGCUCCAAGUCCAACCAUGGUCUCCACUAUGGAAAGGAGAGCUCUUUGAGCAGUGGAGGCGCUGACCUUCACAACUUCAUCUCCUCUGGUUUUGUGACGCUGGGUCGCGGCCAUCAGAAAGGAGAAAAUCAUUGGCCGGUCCGCUCCCACAGUCACCAUGGUACCCAUCAGCACAACUAUAACCAUGUGGCUCUAGGUAGCCCUACACGCACACCUAAGAAUGCUCACCGAUCUUUGAGACAUGAAAACAAUCGGAUAAGUGGCAUCCUGACCUCGCAGACGGAGCCCUACGACCUGUCUUUCUCACGCUCCUUCCAGAGCCUGUCUCACCUGCCGCCCUCCUAUGAGGCGGGCGUCAAAGCCGACCUCAGCCGGUUCUCAUCCCUGAAGAAACUCACAGCAGAUAAAGAAGUCGACGACUACUACACUCGUAAGCGCCACCUGCCUGACCUGGCAGCAAGAGGCACUCUACCCUUGCAUGUUCUCAAACUGACCCAUGAGCAGCACAGGGACCAGCAGCUCCAGAGCCAGCCCCCGCAGUCCUCCCAGGCCCCUCCCCAGUCGCAGUCUUCACAGCCACAAUCUCAGCAAAGGCAGAGGCCCCGUCGUGUCCAGAGGGCCAUGUCCCAGGACCGCGUGCUGUCCCCUCAGAGAGCCCAAGAGCAGGAAUACAACAUAUCUUCUAAUGGUAUGUCCCCAUACGGAGGCCGCAUCCUCUCAGAUGAACAGCUCCUGUCCGCGGAACGUCUUCGAUCCGAGGAGCGUCUCCUUCCCCAGGACCGCCACACCUCCCAAGACCGUCUGUACUCUAAUGAUCGCAUGUACACCAAGGACCGACUCCUGUCACAGGACCACAUCUACUCCAAGGACCGCCACUACUCUCAAGAACGCCUCUAUUCACAAGAUCGCCUGUACUCACAAGACCGCCUGUUAUCCCAGGAUCCUCUGCUCUCACCGGACAGGCUGAUGAGGUCUUUGAAGCGUGGCAUGGUAAGCAGUGUCUCUGGUGGGUUUCGUGGAAGCGACAAGUCAAUGUCGCGCGCCAUCUCACACACAGACGUGUUCGUUCCAACCACACCUCUUAUGGAUCACUACAAGAUGACCAAAAUGCACCCCCAUUCCAGUGCCUCAAACAAUGGCGGCGGGGUCGGUGGCGGUGGCGGGGCCGGGGCCGGAGGCACUGGGCAUUCCAACACUUUAGCUAUGAACCAGACAGCAACCAAGAGACAGGCGUUUGCCUCCAGACGGACUCACACUAUGGAGCAGCUCCACUAUAUCCCACCACACCACCAGCAGCAACCACAGCCACACCACUACCGUACAGGCAGCAAGACCGAGGUGACGGUGUGACAACAGCCAGCCAGCUGAACUGCUGGAGGCAGCAUUGUUUAGUGACAGGUUGUGGGGGGGACAGAGGUACAUGGGUACAUUGGCCUUCCUUCAGAGUUGGAUGCAGGGUAGGAUGGUGGUGAUUUCACGCUCUUUGACUAUGUUUCUGCAAUGUCAAAGAUUCUAGAACAUCCACUAGCUUAACGCAAGAGACCGGAAAAACUAGCGACACUGUACACUGCAUACACAGGCCCAGUUAGAUCUGAAGUCAAAGAGGGUGGUAGUUGGGGGAGGGUGAAUUUAUCCAGCUAACUUGCCCAUUUUUCCACUGUCUUGGUUACCCUAUUCAUCUUCAGGCUAUGGCCUCAUUCUGUGUAUGGUUUAGCGAGAACACACUCAUCGGGUCUGUUCAAGCCUUUAUCCUGCCCCUUCGCCCAACAGAUCUAUUCUGUGACCUUUUCUGGAAAAUGUUAAAGGGCUUUGCAUGGUUAAACACAUAGACCGACUUCUCCGUGACUUCUGCUGUGCAACACAACACCACCACAGACGAUGAACUAGAUUGAGCCUGUAAUAACUUUAUAAAUAUACAUAUAAAUGAACAUAAAAAAACAUUUGUACACCCAGUCCUACUCAUAGCUCUAGUGAAACUCAAUGAGAGAAAUUAAAAUGGAUGUUGUAAGCACUUCUAUUUGGUGCCUCUCAGAGUUCCAGUUCUAAAGACGAAGUGGUUUGUAACCCACAAAGCACAAUCAAUAAUACAAAUGAUCUUCUGUUUUAGAUUUUGUUUUUUAAAUUUAAAAUAGUGAUGGCUAGCUUUUUUUGUUCUUAAAGCAAUGGCAGGUUUUUUUUGCUUCCAGUAGACAAUUGUAAAUAAGCUAUUCUAUGAGCAGUAUUAUGGACAAGUCUGUACUGGAUAAACUUUGUAUUACACUGUCUGUUUUCAAUAGAUUCUUAAAGAACAACUAUAAAUCAUCACUGUUUCGUGAGAUCAGAAUAGAAAACCCACUUAACCAAGGAUAAAUGACUACUAUACUGUGUGUGUCUUUGCAAAACCGUUAUUAAGAUGAGAAGUGAAUGAAUGUGUUGUUAAUAACAGAUAUACCACUGCUCAUGUGGAUAUAGACUGUGUUCCAUUGACAUCAAAGGAGUUAAACAAUAUGGAAAUGGAUUAUUACAGAAGGGUCAAAUAAACAAUCCAUAUUUUUCUAAACAUUCAACAUUGUUC